AUGAGAAGUGGAUCAGAGUUCUAUUACCUUGAUUCCAAGAAUACGACAUUUUCUCUGUACGGAAAUGAAACCAGUAUUCAAUCAGAAAAUAUGAAUCCGUUGUACAAAACGCUUCAACAAAUAUACAAUACUAAGCAAGCACAGACAUAUGGAAUGUACAAUGAUCAACCACCCAUCAACAAAGGGACACCAAAAAAACCAAAAAAUACUGGGCACACAAAAGAUGAGAUAUUUAAGAUAACAAAACCAUGGAUCUACAAAGGAAAUGGGCGUUACGACGAGACAGAUUCUAAGGUCAAUGGUAUUUUCCCAUUCAAUUCGACAGGCGGAGACGACUUACAAGUAUUUGCGAAAAGCUAUUCAUUUGGGAAAGAUUUAUAUGAGGACCUGGUUGCUGGAAAACUUGGUGAUACUCUGUAUACAGAGACUUGGCAUUCUGAAUAUUACUGUACAGAUCGAGUUGUCGACAUUGAAGAGAUAAUGUUUAGAGAUGGAUAUUCAUUCAAAUCAACACAAGAACACUCUAAAUGGGCCGUUACUAAGCAUCUUAACUGGACAUGCAUUGGAGAUAUCAACAGAAGAGAAUCUCAGUUUAGGAGAGGAGGGCUUACGCUAUGUCUGAAUCAUGCAGGCGUUGCCAACGAAUUUCGAACAUUGGCAUUUAAAUUAAGCAAUUGCAACGAUAGAUCUGGACGUAAAAAAAAUGUGUGUCCUGAAUACUGAAAAACGUUCUGAAUAUUGAAGUCUCCUGAUAUACGUAUUGUACAUGUAUCAUGCAAUGUGUCAUCACGUGUAGCUCUCAGGGAACAUGUUGAGACAAACCAGAGAGCUACAGAUUCAUCCUUUAGUUCAUCUAUACAGCGCAGGGGAUAAUGCGCAUUGCGUUUUUUGCUGUAUUCUUGUAUCACAGUCUGAACGAUUUCCCCACUAUACUUCAAUAAGUGUUCCCAAUAAACUUGGAAAGCUUAUUCCAGAGGUAUUGCUUGCACCUUUGAAGUCCUUUGAUGCUUGUGAUCAUCAAUAUUUUGU